AUGUCGAAUGCGGCCGAAGAGAAUGGAAUCACUGCCUCGGGCUCCCCAGAUGAUAGCUCCGUCAGCUCCGAGAGCGAUGCUGGCGAUUCUGGUGACGAUGAACUCAAUUCCGCUGUCCAUGCUUCUAACAUAGAGAAUAAAUUGGAGAGAUCAGGAGAAGAGGAACUCGGUUCGCAGUCAACUGUUUACAAUGAAGACCAAGGUGAUUUUGACAUCGUCACGGUCCAUGGUCUCUAUGGAGAUAACCAAACAACAUGGGAGACUCAUGAUCCCGAUACACGAGAAUCUCUGAAAGGGCUACUCAAUCUUGGAGAUCAUUUCAACUGUCGCCAGCUCAACUACAGCUACACUCCCGAUGAAUCAGUCCCCUCCAGGGAUGAAAUAUUUUCUGAAGCAUUUGGUCUACUACGCUACAUCAUGGAAGCGAGACGUGCAUUGAGGCCAGGCGCUCUUCGGCCGAUAGUUUUCAUUUCCCACGACAUCGGAGGAGCUAUCGUCAAACGAAUAUUCUUCGGUUACCCACAUCGGUCUCGCAGCUUCCAGGAACUAACAGAUGCACUCGCUCGGCUCGUAUUCUCCUCACCCGAGAAAGUGUCGUCAUGGAGCAAAGGCGUCGUUCAGACCCAUCAGCUGGCCAAAACCAUCGUCGAGUGCAACAAUGGCUUUGUAGAAUCGAAGAUGCUGCUCCAUGCGAGCAUCCUCAACAUCUUUUCCGAAAAGCCAAAAGUCAACGAGCAAAUUUUUGACAAAUACAUGGCAACGAUCAAUCUAAAAGACCAAGAGCUUUGGGGCAUCUUGGUCAACAACAUCCAGUGGUUUCAAAAAAAUUACCUGCGCACAGGCGAUGGGAAGCCCGACCCCAGCCUCGAUGUCUUCGCAUCCUGUGCUCCUCCGCUAUACCCCCUGACCAAGGCGGGCUAUACAGAGCCCGCGUGGCUCACGCGCCACCCCGCCUUUGCUGAGUGGGAACAGAGCGCUGUGCACAGUAUCCUCCUCGUCCGGGGCCCGCGCGACGAGUCAGAUCGCCUUGCUGAGUCCGUCUUCGCCUCGACGGGCCCCUUGCGGUGCGAUUGGGCAGUCUACUUCUCUUUUGAUCGCUACGACGCCCGCCGCAACACGGUCAAGGCGUUUCUGCUGUCCUGCAUCGCGCAGUGGGCCCGCGCCGGUCAAGCAUCCCCGCGUGACGCCGGCAUGCUGCGUGAGCGUGCCAUCUCCGGUGCCAGCACUGCUGAUGUGUUCGAUGCGUGGCGGCGGAUGCGCAUGGGGGGCGCACAGGGGGGCAGGACGCUGGCUGUGCUGAGCAAUGUGGGCGAAUGUGAUGAUAUGGUGCCUUCCUUCUGGAGCCAGAUGGCGCGACUCUUCACCACCACCGAGGCGGUGGCGUGGAAGUUUGUGGUGUUCGCCAGGCCGGACGACAACCUUGAUGCGGGGUUCAAGGAGUGGCCUGCGAUCAGUGGGGAUGCAUUCCCCACGGGGUCGGAUCAUGAUGUAGAUCGGGAAGUUCGAUCGGCCGUGCCCCAGUUGCUCGAUGCAGACUACACAGCGGCGGCGGAACGGACACUGUGUAAAGCAAUUGCGGACAGGUGCGGAAGAGAUGUUGGAUUGGCGCGGUUCAUGACCGGCCAGCUUCGACGAAUGUCGAUGAAUCCGGAGGCCAUCACAGCGUCCGUGGCGAAGCUGGUUGAAGACACUCUGGACAGCAUCACCUGCGAGGGGAAACAGGAGCUUGUUGCAAUAACGCUUAGCUGGGUGCUCUGCGCCUUCCGUCCGCCCAGCCUCGCCGAGUUGGCGGCUGCCACUGGUGCGUCAUGCGACCUCGCUCGGGUGCUGGACGAGUUGCUGCCUGGUAUGCUUGACACAUCCGGCAGCAACGUCCGGCUCUCGCAUGCUGAGGUGCGUGCCUUCCUCCAGACAGCCACAGGCAGCUGGUACGCUGUGGAAAGCACCGCGCACUCGACAAUCACCCGAACCUGCCUCAACCACCUCACCAGCACGACCAACGAGCGUCUCUCAGCUCUCUGCGAUCCCCACCUCGGCGUCUGGGCGACCCCGAUCUGCAAGCCUCAGAAUGACCUUACGGCCUACGCGGCUGAGUACUGGCACGAGCACUACAAGCUCGCUGCAGACAGAGACUCCUUGGGAAGAUGCGUGCAAGACUUCCUGCAGAAUAGCACCCAGGUGAGCAGAUGGGGGAGAGCCCGCUGGGCAGUGGCGAAUCCGAUAACGCGGACACCAGACAGACAGCUGUCGCCACUCGCCCUCAUCGCCUCCGUCGGACUCGAAGAGGUCUUCGAUGACGUCUUCGACCAACUCCAAGGUGACGAAAUCGCCGUCCGCUCCGCCCUUAUCGAGGCCUGCAGGAACGGGCACGGCAACUUGGCCCUGCGCAUCCUGGCUUCUGUCAGCAGCAGCGCCCAGCUGGACGCCUCAACCGCCAACGCCGCGCUGCUUGCCGCCGCCUCUCACGGAGAACACGAAGACUUCCAGCUCGCCCUUGUUGAGCAUGUUUCUGAUCAUCUCGGCCCGGACUUCAUCUGGCCGCCUCAGCUCCUCCUGCGCGCCGCCCACCUCGGCCACACCGCCGUAGUACAAGCCCUCAUCCAGAGGGGCGCGAGCGUAGACGUCGCCGACAAACUCCCUGCCAAACAGGGCCCGCUACACGCCGCGGUCGUCGCAGGCCGUAUGCAGGUGGCCAUGGUGCUGCUUGAUGCCGACGCAAGCAUCGCCAGCGUGCGCGACGCCAACGGCCUGUCACCCUUGUGGCUCGCCGUCGUCAACGGGCACGCGGAUGUGGCCACGGUACUUCUAGAUCGGGGCGGCGUGGACCAGGAAGCAGAAACGGAAGUCAUCGUGGAAGCGUGCCGGCUUGGGAUGCACGCGGCGGCACGGUCGCUGCUGGCGGCGAGGAAUGCCGGCUCGUUGCAGAUGGCACUGCUGGCAGCGGCGGAGAGGGGGUUUGUGGAGUGUGCGAGGGCGUUAGUGGACUAUGGGGUCGAUGUGAACGGACAAGAGGAAGAUGAGACGGCGCUGUACAAGGCCGUUGUGGGAGGACAUGGCCGGAUGUGUCGGUUUCUGCUGCAGAAUGGCGCGGACCCGAAUUGCAGUGGCCAGCGGGGUCCAGCCAUCGUCGUGGCGGUGGAGAACAACCGUCUUGACAUUGUGGAGCUCUUGGUUCAGCACGAAGCUGAGGUCGACGCCCGAGACAAUGAGCACUCCCCUACCGCUCUGAUGGCGGCGCUCGAAAAGAACGUUGAGAUGGUCUGGUACCUACUCCAGAACGGCGCCGAUGUCGACGCCACUAUGGACUCCGAUCCGGUCAUCUUCAAGGCGGCUGGCGGCUCCGAUAUUGACAUCCUGCGGGCGGUAGUAGACGCGGGUGCGGCGCUGAACGUGACCAGCCGGGACGGCUGGACGCCUCUGCACGGCGCGUUCGAGCGGGCUGGGCACACGCGACUCCUUCUCAGGGCUGGUGCAGACAUUGACAAGCUCAACGUCGGUAACGGCAAGUCACCGCUGUACCUUGCCGCCGAAGUGAACAAGCCGGACGUGGUUGAUGCGCUGCUCGAGUUCAAACCUACACUCGACUUGCGCUGCCCGACGGCGAGCUCCCCCAGCUCAACCGCGCUCAUCGCCGCCGUCAAGAACGGCUGUUUGGAGGUAGUCAAGAAGCUGCUUGCCGCAGGCGCCUCGCCCGACGUCCAGACGGACAGCGGUGCCUCCGUUGUCCACUUCGCUGUCGACCAGGGUGCGGACAUGCUCGCCACGCUACUCGAAUCCGAGCCCAACCUUGACCUGACUGACAGAUCGGGUGACACGCCACUCAAUGACUUCCUCGAGUAUGAUGAGCCCAGUCUAAGCAUCGUGCGGCUUCUCGUCGGUGCCGGUUGUGACGUGAACAAAUUCAACCAGCACGGCGCCACCCCUCUGCACAAGGCCGUCGCGAAGGAGAACCUUGACGUCGCACGCUUUCUUCUCAAGUGUAGCCGCGCCGACAUCGGCCUCGCUCCCGGCUCGUGGGGUGCGCCACUGCACACGGCGUGCUACCUACCCACCGCUCCGACUAACGCCGUGUCUCUGCUGCUAGAUGCGGGUGCCGACACGAACCAGGUGAGCAGCCAUAAUGGCACACCGGCGUGCUUCUUGUGCAUGCGCGUUCACAAGCACGGCUACUCUCGCGAGACUGAGGACGAUAUCGAGGCAGUGCUCCGGCUACUGCAGGACAAAAGCAGCAAAAAGCUCGACCUCAACCUCGCCGGUGGCGUCUUAGGCACCCCACUGGUCUCAGCCUGCCUCACCGCCCCGACCACGCGCAUGGUUGACAUGCUGCUUGCGGCCGGCGCUGACGUUGACGUUGCGGAGCCCGAGACAGGCCGCCUACCGGUGCACCACGCUGCCCAGCGCAGUGUCGACUUUUUUGAGACCUUGGCGGUUGCGGGCGCGAACCUGAGCGCGCGCGAUAGCGCAGGCUGCUCCGUCCUGAGCUACGCCUCCCAGAGCGCCUCCCUCGAGCUCGUCAGGCGCGUCUUACAGUGGACCGAAAAGGCGGGCAUGCAGCUACUACAUGAGGCGGAUGUGGAUGGCUGGACACCGCUUCACCAUGCAGCAAGGGGCUACUUUACGCAGGGAUACGCGGUGAGGAUGGCAUUAAUGGCGGGGGAGGACGAGAAUGAUGAGGAUGUGCAGAAGCGGUCGGCUGGCCCUCUGAGAAAAGGCCAGGGAGAAGUUAUCAAGUUCCUGGUGCAGAAAGGCGCGGAUCUGCGUGCGUGCGUUAGAGGGCCGGAUGGGAAGAGGUGGUCGCCGCUGAAGCUGGCGCGGUAUCAUGGCGCGGACGAGGAGGUCCAGAUACUGCUGACGCCGUCAGAUGGCAAGGAAUGGGUAGAUGCGGAGCACGAGGUUAAGGAGGGAACCCCGACGCCGAACAACUGCAAUGGCUGCGAAUUUAGGGUUUUCGGUUGGCUGUAUAAGUGUAAGGUAUGCGACGACUUCGAUUACUGCUUUAAGUGCUACGCGCGCAAGGACUCUAGUCCACAUCGAGAUCAUGAGUGGGAGCAGAUUGGGCCUGAGUUCGAAGAGGAGGAAGAAUCAGAGUCAGAGUCGGAAGAAGACGCACGGGACUACGAUGACUCUCGCUCUGAUUCUAGUUUUAGCUCCAACAGUGAUUAA